AUGGAGCUGCCGCUCGGCUGCGAGUUCGAGGACUCGGUGUUCGCGCCGAGCAGGGCGAGGGGCGCGGGCGGCGGCGCCGGGGAGCCGCCGUACAGCGCCAAGCGCUGCGAGCCGCGGUGGUUUUGCGCGGCGGAGGACGCCGCGGGGCUCACGGCGCACAAGUUCCUGGGCGACCUGGCGUUCCGCGAGCGCCGCUUCGAGAAAGCCCUGUGCGAAUACUCGAGCUGCCUGCGGCUCCUGCCGCCCGGUAACGUCGCCAUGAGGAGGGACGUCCAAGAGGGCCAGGCUCGGUGCCUCUCUCGCCUAGGAAGGCACGAGGAGGCGCUGGAUAUUGCGGAAAAACUGAGAACUGGUGCCACGAAUACAGAUCACUUAACRACUGUUCUCAACCUGCAGUUUGCCCUUUAUCAGGGUGUGGGCAACGCGSAGAAAACGAUUCUGUGUCUGCAGCAGCUGCUCUGCCUGCAUCCCUUCAACCCCUGGUACUGGAAGCUGCUCGCCGAAGCCUAUUGGGGCCUUUUGCAGAGCCUGGCUCCGUUAUUCAGUCCGGAAAGGAAACUAAAUCCCUCUGAAGAGGCUGGAAUAAGGGACAGCAAAUUCAAAGCAGCGCCUGGAAGGGAGAUCAGUUUGCAGCCUCUCACAUCUGAGAGCUGGGGAGAGUGGUUUUGGUCCAGCCUCGCUGCAGAAGCGGAGAAGCAAAAUCCAGGAACUUGCAGCAACAGGCCAGUAAUGAGAGAUCCCUGCACUUCAGGAGAUGCUGGAAGAGAGGAUGAAGGGAAACAAAAAGCCUCUGAGCCCCGGGAGCAGGACACGCUGAAGAAGCUUGGCAUAAAGGCAUGUGCCUCGUUUAUUAGAGCAAGGCUCUUACUGCAGCUCACGCAGCUGCAACAGGCUUCCUUCGUGCUGGAGAGGAACACCCGGAGUCAGAAGGAAAUUGAGGACCAAGUGGAGCAGUUUGGCUUGGGCGCGAGCUGCCUGCAGCUCAUGGCCCAGGUUAUGGGUGCRGAUCUUCUCCCAGAAAACCUGAGGGAGGAGUCUCAGGGAGAGGUGAGGUGCCUGGGCCCCGCGGCGCUCUCCGCGCUGCUCCCCGCCUCCGCCACCGAGUUCGAAGCAAAAUGGUUUGGAAAUCUGCCAGAAGCUUUAUGUCACUUGGACACACAGUUUUCUUCAGAUAUAUGUAGCCCGCCUUCAGGAAUUUAGAGGUUUUUAUUUAUUCUCUUGGCUCCAUCUUGGUGAUGAUGGAAUGAUAUAUGCAAUAAAGUUCAU